AUGGCGCUCGGACCGCGUCUGUGCGAAGACGAGCUGGACCAGAUCCUCAGCUUCCUCGACCGCCAAGAUGCGCUUUCCGUCGCUCUCGCCUCCAAAACGCUCUACGUCCUCGCCAUGCCAUAUAUCAUCGCCUACGCCCGCCUGCCCACGGAGCCCACCAUGGCUCGGUUCUCAGACGAGAACUACUUCCUCCUUGCCCACGACGAAUUCCUUCCAACCCCUCGCUCAAACUACGCUUGGCACUUCUACUUACCUGCCCGCACGGCUCCUGCUGAGGACGCUGUGGAGUCGGACGUAUGGACCUCCCGCCGAGGAAGUAAGCGCCACGUCCGCCGAGUCCUUGCGGUGCUCAAAGAACUCCCUCAUCUGCGCUGGAUAACCAUGCCAGGUACCGAAGAAUACGUGCGACGAGCUCCCCUCAUUCUGGACAUCCUCGGCACCAUGACCCACCUAACCGCCCUUCGCCUCCUCAACGUGUCCACACUCACAGUCGCUUUACUGCCCAAGGCGCUCGCCCCGCUCGCCCCCACCCUCCGUUACCUCUACAUCUCUUUAGAAUGGUCCGAGCCGCCUAUGUUAAACAGCCACUUCUCGCACCUGUUCUACGCACUUUCCACCUUCCAUUGCCUCACCAAGCUGGCCGUCGUCUCCGACUCCCCGUGGAAGCCGCUGCUCGCAGACAACCAACUGGGGUCCCCUUUCCCCCUCUUUGCGCCACUCCCAAACGUCCGUCACCUCACUUUGCUCUCAUGCCCGAUGGAGAUCGUCCCGUUCUGCCCAAGCAUCAUCGACCUCCACGUUGAGCAGUGUAAUGCGCCCCUCGAACUCGCCCUCACCCGCCAUGAGUGGCCAGCCCUCCGCACGCUCACAUGCGACUUCCCGUGGGCCGGAGCUCCCGCUCAGCUUGCUGUCCCGUGUUCCUUAUCGUGCCGCCCACCUCCCCACAUCGGCCGGCUCUGCGUAUUAGGCAUAUCGGUCGGGGUGGACACGUCCGACCUGGAGCCGAGGAGGGUGCUCGGUCCUCUUCUCGAGCUGCUCUCGGGCGCGGCGUCAGGCCUGGAGCUGGCUGUGACCGUGCGACCCGCCCAAACGUCUCAGCCGCCCACGGAGCUGGAGAGGCCGCUGUUGUGGCCGCGGAUGGCUGGACAUCUGCGGACACUGCACCUCACCGUCCUGUGCGACAUGAUGUGCUCAAGCAUGUUCUCGGAGCUGAUGACAACGCUGGUCACUGUGCUUUCGACCGUGUCCCCCGUCUAUUUCAACGCCACACUCAAUCCGAAGCCAAUCCGCACCUACGGCAGUGACAUUGCGAGUCAGAAUGGCGACUUCACCGUCGAGCUCGAACGCGUCCGCGCCCUGCGUGAGAUACUCCCAGCCGCUCUCGCCAACGCGGCUCCGACGCUCCGCGUUCUCGGCUUGGGAUCCUGCGCGGUCUCUGAGGGGAUGCUCCCCCAGAUCGAGAAGCACCUUUCGGAUUCCCAGGAGAAAGGCACGGGCGACGAUGCAGAAGCAGACCAAGACGCGCAGACGUCGAGCACCCUGUGCGCGGCGUUGCACCGCAUCGCUCAAGAGCCGCUCAGCCGUGCCCAUCGGUGGUGGUGGAUCGAGCAAAGUGCAGGUUCUGUCGACGCCGUCGAAAUCUGGCGUGAGGUUGGGGAGCGGGCACGCGAAAUGGCUGAGCAGAAGGAUUUCGAUCUCAACACCGGCUUCGAUGGGUUCUUCUCCGAGAAGUGCAUCUACCAGCCCCACAAAUAUUCCACACACAUCCCGACUACAGCGUAUGGCUCCUACCGCAAGUACGCUAGGGGCGCGUCCGCAGCGCGAUCGCCUCUUCUCGCACCGCCGCGAGCUCUUCCGAGUCCGUCGGAGCGGGCGAGCGUCGUGCUCCGGGUGAGGGAGCUGCAAGGCAAAUCAUCUCCACCAUAA